AUGGGUUUUUCGGACCGCGAGACGGUGGCGCUGAGCGGCGCGCACGGCCUGGGCCGCUGGCACGCGGCCAACUCGCGCUUCGAGGGCAAGUGGGCCAACAACCCGACCCGGUUCUCGAACCAGUACUUCCGCCUGCUGCUGUCCGAGGACUGGGCCGAGCGCACGGUGGCGGCCAGCGGGAACCGGCGGUUCGUCGCCGUCAACAGCGUCACGGGCGACGAGCUCAUGAUGCUGCCGACCGACAUGGCGCUGGCGGCGGACCCGGCGUUCAGGGAGUAUGUUGAGCCGUCGACGAGGUCGCUCCGGCCCGCCCGCCAGGCGACGUCGGGCCCGCCCAUGGCGCGGAUGGCCGUGGCGCCCGCGAGCGUCCAGAGGUCCGCAAAAGCACCCUGGACUAUUGGCUCCGCACCUCGUCUCACGAGGCAAGGCAACUUUGGUUUCCGUUAUUGCACCAUGCGCUACAGAGGCCCACGAUAUUCGUUCCCCGUCAUUCCCAUCAACCCGUCGCCCGGUAUGACGUUCAGCGUCCCCCGCUGCGUCCUGGCCGCGCUUGCCGCCACGCCGGCGGUCGCGCAGGCGGCAGCGACAGCGGCAGCUGCUCCCCUACCGCCCCCGCAGCUGUUGAUGCCGCGCAACCAAUGCAUGGAAGGCGCCGACAAGAUCUAUUACGGCAUCGAUGGCGGCCAGUCGCAGGUCCAGUACGCGGCCGACCUGUCCAUCACGUCGUCGGUCACAUACAAUGACAUGGCCGACAGCAUCGACGGGGGCGAAGACGCCACCGAUUCCAAGCGCGAUGCGGCGCUCCUCGGCUUCGGCGCUAACGAGGGCCAGCGUGGGGUGGUCGCCAAGAGCAGCAACCCGGCGUACCAGACGCCAGAGUACAAGGAUACCGGGGCGAAGCCAGAAGGAAUUGUGAUCAAGUUGAUAGACGCCUCAGAUCGUUAG